GUGGCAAACGUCAUUCAUGAUGGGCCAAUCACUUUGUGGCACGUUGUUAGAAUGGUUUCUUUUAAAAUUACGGUCAAUAGCUCUUUGAGUACCGUACCACUUCUUUUGUCCCAAACGGAUGGAACGUUGCUCUUCGACAACAUCCUCCAACCAACAAAAGCGGAACUCGACACCGAAGUAGAGCAAACACAGGAAAGCAGCCAUUUUAUUUGGGGAGCCUCUAUUAACACUGAAUAGCUCUGGGCUAAUGAAGGUAUGGUUACUUCUGGUAGUCGGCUUUUUGUACAGCAUCGAUGCUGGACGAACAGCCAAAAGGGAACAUUCCAAGGAUGUUGAAGCGGUAGUUUCCUCCCAAUCGAAUCAGAAUGCUACCCGUACAACAAAGUGGCGCUGGGAUUGGUGGAAACUGGAAUUCAAAAGCAAAAACAAAGACGACAAUGAACCCUCUGUAGAGCUGAAAGGGAUCCCUCCAGAUCCCAAGAAUGACGACACUAGUAGAUCCAAGAGAAGAAAACGACCCAAGAAUGGAAAGCAAAAGAUUGCCAAUUGCCGACAUUUGGCCAUGGUCAAUUCGACCAAGCCCCAAUCGCGGGUUUCCAGGCUUUGGCGAAAAGCAAACAAGGAACUACGAAAAUACGCGCAUCGAUUCCUCGACACGAGCCAUGGCAACUCCACUUCCUCCUCAUUUCCCACAUCAUUGGAUGACUCUGAUGCCAAAGACAUGAAUUUGGCCUACGGAAUGUCGGUCAUGGCAUCUCUGUCCUAUUGGCCCUUUCACAAAAAGGGGGUGCCCGACAAUCGCAGUUCCUUUGAUGUCUUGACGCUCAAAGAUGGGACACCCAAACCGUUAUUGCGACGACGGAAACGAGAUCAGGCCAUGCGAAUCGUUCUGUCGGGGAUACAAAUGACGCUGAAUCAGGCACAGCCAUGGCUCUCGCUGCUCCCCAAGAGUCAACAACGACAACGACAAAACAAGAACAAUAGCUACUAUAGCGAACGACUCCAAAAUCAUCUCGAGGAACGCAUCUCACGACAACAACGCUAUCAGAUUCAGUUGGAAUAUUUCUUGUACAAUUGGUACGAACCAACGCCGCUGGGGAACUACCACGAUACGGAUUUAAUCAUUGCCACAUCCAACAAUGGAAGAACCUUGAUUAUUGCCUUUGCCGGAACAGCCUCCGUGCCGGACACUGUCACCAAUCUGCAAACUUUUGAAUCGGUCCAACAUUCUCGGUUGUUCCACAACGACAACCAGACACUGGAAGGAUCCAUUCACAGAGGAUUCCUCAAUGCCUACUCGCGGGUCGAGCGAGGAUCCAUUCUCAAGCUUUGCGAAGAUUCCAACUGCACACCCUCCCUAUCGGCAUUGCAUCCACGGUACAGUCAUUGCACUGCCGAAACCUCCCCGGCACCGCCGACCGAGAAGGAUUUUGAUCAAUACGAUAUCGAUGCCGAACGGUGCAAAGAGGAUGCCCUUCUCAAUGCGACCGAGGUACCCGAAACAACACAACAUCAAGAAGAGGAAUCGAUUGUCCGUAAAAAGGGACGGCGUGGAUGCAAAGUCAAAAACAAAAAACUCAUUACCAUUCUGCGAAAGCUUACCGUGGACUACCUGACAACACCGGGGCGGUCCGUGUUGCUGACGGGACAUUCCCUAGGGGGCGCCCUGGCUACAUUGCAUGCCCUCGAUAUCAUUAUCAAUUUCCCGCAUGUGCCAGUGAACAAGUUGGAGUUGUGGACAUUUGGCGGUGCCCAGGUCUCGGAUAAUGCCUUUUUGGAAUCGGCACUCUCAAAAGCACCAAGGCUGCGUCACUUUUUGCAAGAAGAACACAUUGCCGCAAAUCCGAUGGGUGUGCUCGGGAGUAGCCAGAAAGGCGGGUCCAGAUUUCAUCGAUUUGUCACCGUGUCCGAUGAUUGCAAGGUGGAUUUCGUAUCCACAGUAGCACAAAGUCUUCUGGCCCCUCACAAUGAACGCAACAUUCACGGCAAAACAGCCCGGAGGCUGGGUGGAAUCUUGGGUUCAAGGGUCGUUCAUCUGACGGAGCCUCAUUACUUGCUCACUCCUGACCAGUACGACGUCAUUGACGAAGAGGAAAACGACGACAAUCCACAAGAUGAUUCCACACAAUACCUUGACAAAAACUCAGUACUAUCGUCAAAACAACAACAGCACGAGAAAGAAAAUGGCAAAGUGCCGGAUAGCAGCAAGACAACUGCAUCGCCAACAGUCAAGCCCUCGUCCACACGGUCAACACUGGCCGCGCACUCCACAGCCAAUUAUUUGAAAGGGAUAUCACGAGAAUCAAAGGACCAUCCCCUGUCGACCGACCUGCCCGAAGAGAUUCGUUCUUUCAUGGGAGAAAUCAGUUGGCAAACCGCUACCAGCUAGCUAGCCCAGCAUUUAGAAAAGAAAUACAGUACACAUCACACGAAGAUCACAGAAGUCACUACAUUCAUCCAUUCAUCCGUUCAUCCACCAAGGUUGAAGCGCAAGCCACAUUCACAAUCUACCUUUUGCUAUAUUCCUUCCAACCUAAUCACCAGCCACCAAACGAAAAUGAGUGACCUCCUAAUCAAUCGAGACGAUCAACGCUAGCUACACCACCACACCACAAAGUGACCAUCUGAACUGCUAAUCGGAUAUGAACUUAUAUGUUUAUUUAGAACGAGUAUUGAAUUGCAUUUGAAACAAUUUGAAUGCAACCUUCUUUGGCAUUAGAUGGCCUCAUCCUCAUGACAAAACACUUAACACUUGCUAGAGAAUGACCCAUCCAAGGGAGCGCCUCGGCUUAUAUGUGGCCCUCACUCCAGAUAGUUUUGCGACUCCACCAUUGUCGCCACUGCCUACAUCAUGCCUCAAUGGUACCCGGCGUUUGUGAUAUCCCAUGGUCCCUCACGAGCACGGCGUCCAGAUGUUACCCGACGGUUCAAAUGACGAAACACUUGCCGAUAUCCAGCAAGGUCUUGAAAUUGAAACUUGCCCCAACCUUGACUGAUAAUACUGCGGCAAUCUCCAUGCAACGCCAUGCCAUGUUCCGAAAAGUCUCGAAUGGCGUAAUGGACCAUGAACUCUUUGACUCGUUCUGCUGUGCAAGCUUCCCGAGCUCUCGUCGUCAUGUCUGUGCGAAAAUGCCGAGUGUACUCUCGCAUCUUUCGAAUGCCCGCCUCAUCCAUGAGUAGAAGCUUUUGAAUAACUCUUUGCUUGUAUUGGAGGCACGCCUUGACUCGUUGAUAGGGUGUCAUCUGAACAAACUUUGUCUGAUUUCGAGGAUCCCAAAAGUGCUUGGGAAUGCGAGCCUCCUUGGGGACCACGGCCUGUUGAUGUUUGUAACUCAUACAAUGUUCCACCAAUGUGGAAUAGGAUCUACAAGUAACUCUACAUUUGCGACAAGUGAUGGGGAGUUCCCGCCGAAUGUAGAUUGUGGUUCGGAAUAAAGGAGAGUGUGGAUCUUCGGCAGCAGGACAAAAGGCAUCUUCCAGAGCACCCGUGUUCUUGUCAAAGCGAUACAAGCUACUGUCAUUUCCAGAAAUUGUUUGCCUAGCCAGAACCAAUCCUUGGACCGUUUCUGGAUUUUCACUGUCAUGGGGAUAGUACGAAAAGGUAUCACGCUGUGGACCCCGUGGACGUGGAGGAAGAUGCAAGCGUGUGACGGCAGUAUUGCCAUGGCACACGUUGUUGUUUUUGGAAAAAUACCCAAAAGGCGGCGCCAAACCCAGCUUGUCCAUUCUGCCAUUAUUGGGAUCUACCACCAGAAAGGGCGUCCAUGCCCCGUGGGAGUCCUCAACGGAUGCCGAUACAAUCUUGCUGACGGUCAUCAUUUUGGCCAGGUCGCUCAAAGGCAGGUAUCCCGCCUCCAAGACAAGAUCCAGACAGUUGAGAAAGAGAGUGUCGUCGGAACACUUAUUGUUGGCUGCUGCUGCUCGCGUUGCCUUUGGGGUUGCUGGGAUUCUUGGCUUUUUGCGACGCGUGGAUACAACUGGAUCUUUACCGUUGUUGCUCUUCGUUUGGCAUCUGCCGACAACCACUGCGCGUCGUUUCCGCAUGAUGAGAUCACUCCCUUUGCUUCUUGAUGCGUUUGGCUCCUCGGGAGUUGAGAGAGGUGUGAUUUCCCUUGCCGGGAAGCCAAAGACAGAGCCAAAGGAUUUGUGUCCUUUCUUAGCUUUGAGAGAACAGUUUGGUCGUUGUUUUGUUGGCUGCUCCAAUGACGUUAAGGUUAGGGUGAAGCCAAUGCUGUUGUUUUGCUUGGGGGUGCCACGACCUUCCACGCCGUGUUGAGAACUUGAGCUUACCAUGCAGUCGACAAUGGAUCCAUUUGACUAACAGACUCGACUCGACGCCGAUGAUAGAAACGAAAGGCUGAGGUCUCUAGUAGCUACCGUACCUACAGGUAGCUAGCUACUACCAACAGAACUAGGUGUAACUAUUUCGUUGGCUGGCUGUGCGUGGGCACCGCAAAUCUCAAGGAGGGGCUCAAUGUCCCCUGCUGUGCCACGGAAUUCUCUCAUGUUCACAUCCAAUAACUUCACUAUUGGAAAACUCAGGUCGAUUCUGCAUGAUGAAAUCUGGAUGCCCCUUAGCUCAUGAUAGAACUCAAUGACUGUUUCCUGA